GUUUGUCUUAGAAUUAGUUGUGAAUUGCUUUUAAAAGGUUUAGUGCUACAAAAUGGAGAAUAUAAUUGAGGAUUUAAAUAUUGAUGAUUUAGAUUGUGAAAUCACCAAUCAAUAUUUAUAUAUGAUGGCUAAGAAAAUGGAAGAAAAUUAUCCACGUGUAAUUAGCAAUGUUUCCCUCCCUUCCCUAAACUUGGAUGAUUACUUGACACAGGAUUUAAAUGCAGAGUUUAACCCAUCCUUAUCAAUCGAUACUUUGCUUUCAGAAUUGGAGGCAUACUUAAAUCCGUCUUCAUUUGGACAUUCUAUUGAUCAAUUUAAAGACAAUUCAAAUCAACCAAGAGCUAAUCAUUUUAAAGAUAAUCCAUCAUCAUCCGAUCCUUCAACAUCUGCUCCUUCAACAUCUGCUCCUUCUAAGCAAUUAAUAUCGCAAAGUAAAGCAUUUGUUUAUAAACCUGCAAGGCUUCGUCAUCGAAAAAUAUAUAAGAAACCUGCUACCAACGAGAAAAGAAAAUACCGACAAAAAAAAAUCACUGAAGUUAUAGAUUUAACUAAAGAAGAAAAAUGAAAAAAAUCAUUUUAAAAAGAAGUGUUGAAGAAGCUGCAUCCUCUCUACCCCCAUCGUCUGCAAUCGAUUUGAAGAGAAAGCAUGAUGAAGAAGAUUUGGCAUCACCAUCAACAGAACAUGAUAAUUCUAGAAAUAGUAUUACCGAAGAUUCUCAUCCAAGCUGUGUGUCCAUCUCUCCAUCAGAAGAAGAAAGCAAUAACUGGAUAGCAGUUACUUGUUUCGCUAACAGAGUAUUUGCAGGUAGAUUACUAAAUAAUGAAAAUA